GAACCCUGAUUUUUAAAGGCUUUUCCCUUCCCUCGUCCGUGGCUGCUGUAAUUUUCAUGAAUGGAAAUAUUUAGUUUCCACGGCUUUAUCUGCCAACAACUUCUACCAUAAAACGCGCCACUCAGCCGAAGGGCGGCAGCAGCGAAUUCAGAGUUGGCUGUUAUCUUAUCAAAUACGGCAGUAUCAGGAAUACGAAAAUUCACACGAAAUUACUGACACCAACGACAAGGUCUUCAAAUUUCCAACAAUAAGCACAUUGGUUUCAUUUGAGUGUUGGAAUUCAAGGGGAAAUGACUGGCGGCCCAAUUGCGAGAAAUCAAGCGGAUGAUGGCAUACACUUUCGCAUAGUGCAGAAGCAGGACAGCGAUGAAGUCUUACAAUUUCUACGUAAACAUUUCUAUCCAGACGAACCGUUAAUCGUAGGCAGUAAAGAGGGUCAUCAAGAUCCCGAAGAUGAGGAGUUCACCUUAGCGCAAAUCCAGAAUGCCACCUGCAUUAAGGCCGUGCAGCAGCAUGACGAUGGUGAACGAAUGGUGGGCGUUUUGUUGUCUGGGCCGAGGUCUAACAAAGAGGUUAAGCAUUUGAGUAAAGAGACCUCAAGAUGCGGUUCCACCAAUUGGGGUAUGAUUCUACAGAUAUUAGCGCGUGCCGAACGAGGUUCGAAUGUGUUUGAGCGUUAUGGCGUGGAGCAGGCUCUGCAUAUACAUGCUAUUGCUGUGGAUGGAAGUCUGCGUGGUCGUGCGAUUGGUGCGAGGCUCGUAGAGGAAGCUGAGAAGUUAGCUCGUCAAUUAGCUUAUCCGCUAUUGACUGUGGACUGCACAAGUCUUUACUCUGCAAAGCUAUGUGAACGACUCGGCAUGGAUUGUGUGAAUAUUAUAAAGUAUGUUGAUUAUCUAGAUGACGAGGGAAAGGUGGUCUACAAGCCCCCGCAACCACAUGAAUAUCUCAAAUCAUACGCCUUGAAAUUGGAAUAGUAGAAGGUUGAAUUAGCUUUGUAAAUGUAUAUCAGUGAGUUAGCGUGUGGAGACUACGUACAUCUGUGUUUAUACAGAAUGAUGAUAAGAUUUAUAGCUGAAUUGUUUUCAUUGUAGAAGUGAUCUUAGCAACAAGUUUUCAGCAUAAAGAUAGAUGUUUAUCGCACAAUUUCGUUUUGGCGAUGUUGACUACAUAUUAUAUAUAUAUAUAUAUAUUAUAUAAUAUAUACAUAUAUGCACAUAUAAAUAAAAAGCAACUGGAAGAAGCAGCCAAAUCUUUAUUUUUGGAUAACAUUUGGUGGGGGAAUUUUACGUUGACGGCGACUUUCAUACGUGACCCAGUGGUGUUCUCCUUCUUUUGAAUAGAGAAGAACACACUCUGGCUUCAAGUCGUUUCGCCUAGCAUGCCACAGUGAAGCCGAUCAGCUUCAGUCAGCUUGCUAAGAUCUCGUCGGAUGGCCAAAGAUAUAUUCAUAUUCGAUCAAAUUCUGUGCGGAAACCCUUUUUUCUUAGUAAUAAUGGAAUAAAAAAGGAACAGUUUGUGGCUAUUCACAAUUAAAACUUCAGCGUUCAGCAUUUUUGAUUAGAAUAGCAGAAAAUAAAAUAUUUUUGGCAGAAACUAAAUUCAAAAUUAUAAACAAAUCAAAUCAUGGAAUUAUAGUUAUUGGACCACAUUGCGUACGCGAAGCAGAAAGCAACAAACUUAGCCUUAUUUCAGGAGCUCAAAACAUCCAUAGCCAUUUCUCGGAUUUUCAGAAAAAGUAUUGAUUUGGCUACACCAACUAUAACUGUACAUUUAUAUUUAUUAACCCAUGUCUCGACGUUGUAAGAAAAACGAUUGGGACUGCGCCACGGAUUGGCUGCCAGCCGAAGUGCUUUAUUGGCUCAGUGUGCCCGGUUAUCCGCCGGUGUGGAGCCGUUUGAGCCGUUACAAUGCCGGCAGGGUACUGCGCGACAGACCCGAAAGCAAAAGUGGUGUCUACGACAUUGAAAUACCCCGAGAGUUAUGGUCCCUAUGGGGUUAUCUGCAUCCGCUUGAUAAAAUGUUUAACCUAAACGCAUGUAGUAAACAGUCCUGGGCAUGCAGCAUAAUGGCUUGUUGUGCAGCGACACUCUAUCCGCUGGCACAUUGGACGCCACGCCUUAUGGAUGCGAUUAUCAUUAAUGGUGAUAAUUAUUAUCGUAAUAGCUUGCGGAGUUUCGACCCUGGAGAAUACCUCUUUACGUUGAAUGAUUUCAAGGAUACGUGCAAAUUGGAGAAUCUUCAGUUCAAGGUACAUACCGAGUUGAUCGCCUUCGGCGCACUCUAUGAGGAAAAUAACUCGCCAAUAAUGAACUUGGCCAAGGGACUGAUCACUUUUUUCAGUCAGUACAGAGUGGGUCUCUUGCAUUGCCGUCAUCAGCGUGCAGUGGUCAUCGGACGGGAUAACUGUAAUGGUUGCGUUGGCGGGGACUACUUCAUGUACGAUUGCCAAAGCAGAGAUUUUCCACUCUUCCGCAAAGGUGAGGGGGUGCCCUAUUUGCUGCGCUGUAAAACGCUGCACAUGUUGCUUUACUGUCUUGUGAUGGCGCUGGCGGUGCGCUGUAAGAGAGUGCAGUUCACACUGCAUAAAGUUGAAGUCCGUUAUAAAGGGUCCGUAAACGAUGACCAGGACGGGGAUUGCCUUAGAAAAGCUAUGAAAUGUAUGAAAAAAGGACAGCGCAAACUUGAAAACACUAAUUAUCUACGAAUACGAGGAAAAUGUAACGAGCAAAGUCUUGCCUGAGGGAAAUAUUUAUGAAUUUUACAGCAUAAAAAAUUUAUUUAAGAACUUUUAUUUUAUAACCAAUAAAUUUGAAAGGUAAGUUUUCUAAAGCAACGUA